CUUUUUUCUUCUUUGGUCAACAACUGGAACAUUGUCAUUGUCUUAGAUUUGUUGUGACAUAAAAUCACCAGGCUGGAAUCAGUCCAAAAUCUUAUGUAUACAAUGAAACUUAAUUUUAAUGGCUGUAGCAAUUAAUCAAACUGCUCAAUAAUUUGAAAGGAAAAAUAGAUAGUGUUUUUCUUACAUAAUUUUUUCUAUAUAUUGUGUCAGUUAGUGAAUUAUACCUGAAACUGUUUAAUAUGAUAACAAAGACUGUUCAUUGUGAUUCUAAGACAAAAUGUGUUAAUGGGUUCGAGUAAUUCUAGGAGAAGCAGAACUAUGAGCACAAGUAGUGAGACUGAAACAGAAGUUUUGGGAGCUCAAGGUGGAGCAGAUUAUCCAUCAGCAAGAGGAGCAGAUUAUCCAUCACCAAGAGGAAUAGAUUGUCCACCACCAAGAGGAGCAGGUGGAUCAGAUUGUCCGGCACCAGGAGGAGCAAACUCUUCAACCAGAACUGGCAGCGACGAGGAUCAACACGAUUUACAAGCAAUACUGGCAUACCUAAUACGCAGGUCUGUUUUCAGUGGUCAGGUGAGGAUAGUUACUCAACACGAAGAGGGUGAUGACGAUGAAGAAUAUUCCGAUGAUUAUGAAUUCUGUAGCAGUGCUUCAAAACCUCCCAGGCCUGAUGACAACCCUGACACCAGUAGAAUAGAUGUUAAUGAUAUAAAGAAUCAGGUAUUAGGAGAUUCUGGAAGAUUACAAAAGAAUGGCAUCAUGAAGAAAAAGCAGACAACUAUAGUUGGAUUGUUACAGAAUAGAGAAAUUGGAAGAAGAGGAAAUCAGCAGUUUACUUGUAGUGAUAGGAGAGCUAUAUCUUGUCAAUAUCUACCAAAUUACAGAACAGUAAUAGACAAUUAUUAUCAUAAAGCUUUCUGUGGUACAUACUCUAAAGAGGGAAACAUAUUCCUUACAGCUGCUCAAGAUCCAAAUUUACGGAUUUACAAUACAGAAAAUGGUAAAUUUGAAAAAUUUAAAACCAUCAGAGCAAGAGAUGUAGGAUGGAGUGUAUUGGAUACAGCAUUUAGUCCUGAUGGCCUGUACAUGGCAUAUUCUAGUUGGUCAGACUGCAUUCAUCUAUGCAAUAUAUAUGGAGAAGAAGACACCCAUAAAUCCUUACAUCUGUUCCCAGGGGAUCAUAGCUUCAGUAUUUUCUCUCUGGCCUUUUCCUCAGACAACAGAGAAAUUCUUGGUGGAGCCAAUGAUGGUUGUUUGUAUAUAUAUGAUAGACAUGAAGACAAAAGAACUUUGAAGAUUGAUGCUCAUGAAGAUGAUGUCAAUGCGGUAACUUUUGCAGAUGACAGUUCACAUAUUCUGUUUAGUGGUGGUGAUGAUGGUUUGUGUAAGGUAUGGGACAGAAGAACCUUAAGGGAUGACAACCCUCUUCCUGUUGGUACAUUAGCAGGACAUUGUGAUGGAAUUACAUAUAUAGAUCCAAAGGGAGAUGCUCGAUACUUGCUAUCAAACUCAAAAGACCAAACAAUGAAAUUGUGGGAUAUAAGAAUGUUCUCCUCACAGUGUGCUAUUUCAAAUACGAAAAAAGCAGUUUCUAAACAACGAUGGGAUUACAGAUGGCAACAGGUCCCAAGAAAAGUACAAGCAAAGAAGACAUUAGAAGGAGAUACUUCAGUGAUGACUUACAGAGGACAUUCCAUUCUGCAUACACUAAUUAGAUGUCAUUUCUCACCACAAUAUACAACAGGACAGAGAUAUGCAUAUACAGGGUGUGCUACUGGAGCAGUUGUCAUUUAUGAUUUGCUGACUGGAGAGAUUGUUACAAAGUUGACUGGACACAAACAGUGUGUAAGAGAUGUGUCAUGGCAUCCUUACGAGAACACACUAGUUUCCACUUCGUGGGAUGGGAUGAUUGGUAAAUGGGAAUACCAGCAAGAAGAAGAUUCAGAAGAUGAUUAUAGUGAAACGUCAGAUUCCGAUGAAAGUCCGUCAGAAGAUUACAAUUGUCCUCCUAGACGAAGUAGACGGUUAGCAGAUAAAGACAGACGUCAAGUUGAACACUUCCAGAGACAAGCUCUAUUUGAUUGAAUAAUUGUGUAUCCGUUUAAAGCUUAUGUCUAAUUAACACGAAGCAUCAGCUAGUAAAACAGAUUCAUCUGACCUAAAACUGCUGACUUAACAAUUUCUUUGAUUUAUGGUGUGGUGCUUAUACACCAUUCUUGUAUUAGAUAUUAUGAUCUACAUGAAUCAUAUCACUUGGAUUCCUUCAUUGUAAGAUAUAUAUUUAUAUAGAAAAAAUACAACAUGACCUUCACCAUGAAAUAACUAGGAGAAAAGUUAAACCGUUGAGUGUUGAUUAAAGUGAUAGUCAAGUAUUACUACUCAUUGUGUUCCUUUUGAAAUGUAUAGUGUAUAGGGAUAUAAUGUUAUGUUGUGGUUAAAAUCUAUUAUACUUUUAAUAAGUUUCUGUUUUUGUACUAAAAUUAGUUUGAUAUACAUACAAAAAGUGUGAUGAUACCCCUGCUAACUAGCAGGAGGUAUUUUAUGUUGAUGGUUUUGUUCUGAUCUUUUAUUUUAAUUCUGUAUAUAAGAUGAGUAAUUUGAGAUUUAAGUAGAAUAAAGUAGGAUUGAAAAUUGGUUGAUUCCCCUGUACAGAAAAUUCCCUCCAUCCCCUUCUAUUAUUUAUACUACGAAAUGCAUCCUGUAUUUAGUGUCUGCAUUUGGCAUUUGGUUCCUAAGCUGUGUUUUAAAAAGAAGUCAAAUUUUGGGAUUCCCCUGUCUCUGUUAAACAGGGGGUAUUAGCUAUAGUCAGCUCAGGCUCGACCCAUUUAUAUAUCUAGAUAGUUUUACUUUAAGUUUUGUUGUUUUUUUUUAUCUUCUUCAAAAUUUAUUUAACCUAUAUUCACCAGACAAUAUUAAAAAUCUUAUUUAUGAAAUCUAUUGAAAGGUCUUGCCAGUGUUUUUCAUUUCUUAUUGAUUUACCUACUCAGGGUUUCGUAAAAGUUAUAUGACAGAAAGCCAGAAGAAGAUCAUUAGAACAAACAAUCUCUAUCAUUUGGUCGAUAGAUUAUUUAAAGAAUCAAUUUGAAGCUGCAAGUGGAUGGUUAAACAAGGCAAUCUAGCUGACAAUCUAAACUGAUAACAAUAAAUUAUUUCUAAUAAUUGGCUACAUGGUAAUUAUAGGUUGGAAAACAAUACAGUUGUACAGGAGUAAUUUUGGAAAACAGAGUCUAUGAUAUUUUGCAAUAGCACUUAUGUAUGGUAUAAUUAAUUUGAUACCAGUUAAAGGCUAAAUGACAGCAGUUUUUAAUGGUACUGCUUGAAAUAAAUCAUGCCUGUAUAAUUUAUUUGAUACCAAUGCAAGGUUAAAUGACAGCAGUUUUUUUAACUGCUUGAAGUAUAAUAUGUCAGUUGGAUAUUGUGAAUUUGGAAAUAUUUUAGUGUUUAACUAUUUUUUAGUUUAUUUUAAAUUCCUGCUUUGGUUGUAGUGUUGGGUUCAGGGGUAGAGGCAUAACCCCCCUUUUGAUUGAAACAUUUUUCUUAACAAUCUUUUUGAUUUACAGAUCUUGUGUCCACACAUUUCAUUAAAGGAUCUGCCAACGUUACGUUCUCCUUUCUGUUUUAAUGACCUUUCGGGAUCCUCAGUUUGUGGUGUAAUAAUACAUACCUUCAAAAAAUUGAAGGCUGAAAAUUGAUUGGCUGAUGUAAUAUUUACCAGAAGAAAGUGAAACAGAGUGUUGUCAAAUACUUGUAAGUAAAGAUUGGACACAGGAUCUAUAUUUUAAUAACAUUGUUGUCUUUAUUGCACAAGAUCAUUUAAAAAUAAUCACCUUGUUACUCAAAAGUAUAAUUUUAGUAAUAUUUACUCUGAGCAUGACUUAAAAGUGCACAUAUUAAAAUCAGUGGUAUUCGUUUCAUUUUCAAUAAGUUGUAUUAAAAGUUUAUCCACAUAUCUGACAUAAAGAUCACUUUAAGUUGAAAUUCAUUCUGAUAAAUGUAUUCAUCCUGCAAUUAGCUAUUUGCAAUACAAAUGAAGUUGUACAGAUAAACUUUGUCAAUAUCCUGCUGCAUUUAUGUAAAUGUUGCUGCAUAUAUGGCAGUCAGGUAUACGGUCAUACAAGAGAAACAUGAAUAUUUUUAUUAUAGAGAUUGAGCAGUGAUAGUAAAUGUCAUGUACUGUUAGAAGUGGAAUAGAAUUCUUGUAGUUUUCAUUGUCAUGACAUUUAAUACAUGUAUGAGAGUGUUCCAGCUCGUUAACAGGGAGUUCGUAGGGUUAAAUAUAUUUCAAUUGUUAAUCCCCACAAAACUUGUAAAUGUAUGGUGAAAAUAAAUUGCAAAUACAACUAAACAAUAGAAUUUGGGUGGAACAAUAGGAAUACUAGUAUUGAAAAUAGAGAUUUAAGAAUAUGAUUGAAAGCAGAUAUUGAGUAAAGGAGGCUUGGAGGAAAUUGAUUUAUGUAUUAGAAAUUGAAAAAGUUUUGGGGACCAUGUUGGUUAAUUUGUUGUUCAGUUCAAAUUUCAUGUAUAGACAGUAAUUUUAGUUUUAGAAACAAUGCCAAAUGAUAGAAGUAAUGUAUGGAUUUAGAUUGGGCCCACAGCCAGUCACAUUGUGUCAGUUUUAUGGGACUUGGACCUCACUAUCCACCAAAAAUCCUUGAAAGAAAGUUGUUUCUUAAUGGUCUUUGUUAAUUUCAAUAUGGUGCAGUGCUUUUGAAAUGGACUGCAUCCCUUUUACACACACAUAUUUCUGUUGAUUUUAUACAUGCAAAAUGGGAUCUAAAAAUAACACAUUUUGUUCCAGGCAGAAAUGAUUAUUGUUUUUUGUAUUGAGUUUGUUUACAUCAUGUAAAGAUUACAAUGUGUCUGGCCCAUGUCAGGAGCCUGUAAUUCAGUGGUUGUCAUUUGUUGCUGUCUAUAAUAAUUAUUUUUCGUUUAUAGCUUUGUCAUAAAUCAGGUCGUUGGUUUUUUUUUGAAUUGUUGCACAUAUUGUCUUGUCUGGCCCUUUUAUAGCUGACCAUAUGGUACGGUAGAAGGCCAAACAGGGACCUAUAAUUGCUUAAAUCUGCUUCAUUUGAACUGUUAGAUAGUUGUCUCAUUGGCAAUCAUACCACAACUCCUUAUUGUACAAUGAGUUAUUAGAUAUAAGAAGAUGUGGUAUGAGUGCCAAUGAGACAACCCUCCAUCCAAGUCAAAAUUAAAUAAAAGUAAACCAUUAUAGGUCAAAGUACGGUCUUCAACACGGAGCCUUGGCUCACACCGAACAUGCCUUGUUUUUAUGCCUUGUUAUGCUAUCUUGACCACAUGUUUCAUAUUUAUUUAAUGUUUUUCUUGCUGUUUUACAUUUACAUCAUGAUAUUGUUCAGUUGAUUUUGUUUAUUGUUUGAUUAUUUUUGUUUUUGUUGUUUAGUUUCAAUAUUGUAAAUAUAUAUGUAAUACAUAUUUAAUAUUACAUUAUUGUAAAUAUAUAUGUAAUACAUAUUUAAUAUUACAUUAUUGUAAAUAUAUAUGUAAUACAUAUUUAAUAUUACAUUAUAUUAAAUCAUUUUAUUAAUAAAAUUUGUGGGUAUGCAAAACUGCAUAAAAUAUUACUUGUAUAUACUUAAAAGGAAGCUUCCUUAUACAAUAUGUAAAGCUACCAGGCUUAAUUUCUUUUACAAUGUAAUUGGUAAAGAAGACCAAACACUUCGUGUUGAUACAAAAAAACAAACAUUGAGAACAAUUUAUGCCACACAACUUGCAUGUGUAAUUUUUUUUUUCUCUACCAGAUUUCAUCACUUUUAAUGAGUAUAAUGUUAAUAUGAAUUAUGGAAAUCUUUGCCCUAUCAACUUUAAAAAAAAAAAAUGACCAUAAGAAUCUUAUUUGGUUGGACUGUUGUGCAUACAAUAAUUUAAUUUGAAACUGUAAAUAUGAUACCAUUUAAAAAAAUCCAUUUUACCCUCAAUAAGAUCAAAAAUAAUAGUUGAGAAUUUUAAAUACAAUAUAGUAUUGUUGAUAUUAAACAGAUUAUUAGCAUGUGAUCAUCGAAAGGUUUUUAAUUGAUAAAGUUAUUACACACUUUGUUAUUACCAUACGAGUAGGUAUUUUUAAGUUAUAUGUACCUCUUCACACUGCAUGUGCACAGUAUAAAGACAGGUGUGCUAGAAUCAUAUGUAAUAUCACUUCUUAGUCUCUCACUGUUAAAAGAAAUGAGCUUUCUAGGUGCUAGACUAUGUACAACAGAAGUCAGGAAUAUUUAUUUAGCUUUUAAUGCACAUGUUAUACUUGUACUUGGUAAUGGGUAUACUAAAACAGUUUGUUUUGUCAUAGAAAACAAGAAAUAUGUAAGUGAUUUCUCAUACUUCAAUUUACAUGUUUUUGAUUGUUUUUUUUAUCUAUAUUUUAAUUCAUGUCUGAAUUAGAAAAUUGUUGGCAAAACAUUGUAGAAGAAUUGAAUAAUUAUAAACAAGUAAGGUCAUUCAUUUCCCUAGCAUUUAAUGUAAACAAGACUUCAUCUAUGAUUAAGGAUGUACUCAGAUGUUUGGAUUCCUCGUUUUUUUUUCCUACGAUAUAUGUUAAAAUAUUUUGCCCCAUAACACCCAUUUUUCUUUUCAUAUAAGACUUCAAUAGCUCAUAAAAGGUCAUUUACCAAAAUUUAAGCAGAUUUUAGAUUUCUUUUCUUUCAAUUUGAGACCCAAAUAAUACCAAUGCAAAUACAAGGUAAAAGUCUAAGAAAUUAGAUAUCUCGAAAAGGAGCUCCAUAACCUAUCAAUAUUUUUAGCUUAUUUUGUUCCUUAACUAAUGCUCUUCUGGCUUAUAGUAACAAUUUUAAAUUCUAGAUUUUUUAAAUUUCACCUAAGUACAUCCUUAAAGCCACAUAACAAGAACAAUAUUUGUAUUCCUGUUCUUCAUGUUUUCCAAAUAAAGGUCAAAUUGAAGGGAACUUUAUUUCUAGGUUUCUGAAGGUUACACAGUGAAUACUAACCCAUUCUGGGUAAAUAGACUUGUGGACAAAAUCGUAAGGAUUUCAAAACCAUUGGUACUCCAGCACAAAAUACUUCUUUUAUGAUACAAAAAAAUACACAUUCAAUAGUUAUAAAGACUAAAUGUAUAAAGUUUUUGGUAUAUGGUCAUUUAAAUAAAGUAUAAAUAAAAAUUUCACAUAAAUUCAUUUAUAUUUAUUUUUCCAAUAAGUGUAAAAGAAUUGCCUGUGAAUAGUAGAUAUAAUUUCCAUAUUGGGCUAUAAUCCCCAUUCAUUUACAAUAACUACAAAGAAUAUCUACUGUGUACUAACCAUUUUGUACAUACUGUUGUCACACAAACAAAGUUUAUAUACAGGUAGUUGGCCAGUAUGUUAAUAUGUUUUAUCUUUGUACUUAUAUAUAUAUUUUUAAUAACUGUACAUGUGUGCUUCAAGUGAAAAAUAAAUACAGAAAUAAUAUUAUUGUGGUUACAUCAAUGGUUUUACAGUAUGGGAAUAACUUUCAUCCCUGAAAAUAGUAGCAGGAUGUCUUCUUUUUGCAUACAAGGAUUUCAUAAAAUGUUCAAUUUGUAGUGAUUUUCCACUCCUUGUUGAAAAAUUAGAUCUGGGAGCUCAUUCACAAAACAUCCAUUAACUGAAAGAUUCAAUUUUAAUUCCAGUUAUUUUAAUUUGCAUUUCAGCAACCUGUUAAUGUCUCCACUAUAAAUACAGUUAGAAUCCCUGCUGUCAAAUCAUUAGGAUAUUGUUCAUGCUAUCUUUGGUGCAACCUUUCAGUCACAUGCAUUAAACAGAAUUUUUAUCGUUUUGUUUCCUUUUUUUUUUGCCAUGUCUUUUCGUCAUUUCAUCUACUUGUAGAUUCCUAAAACAGUUUGAAUAUAAUAGACAUAUUUUGAUUUAAUUAAAGCUAUUGGUAUACCUAUUAAUUAUAGGGUUUAUGUGCUAUGCUAAGUCAUUGCUGUGUUUUUAAUAAAAUAUGAUUGUAUUUUUUGUUUGUUUUGUUGGAAUGAAAACAUAUAAAGGAUUGUACAUAUAAUUGAUAAUAAAGAUCAUAAUAAAUA